AUGGACUCCUUGAUUCUGCUGUGCUGGGUCGAUACAACCUCUGUUCCUCGCAGGCGAUCCACGCAUACGUGUGUGGAGAGUCUGUGGGUGCAGUUGGUAUCCUGCCCAUCGACUCGGCGAAAAGCUCGCACUCGCGUGACUGAGAAGUAUCUGGGAGGCGAUCCGGGGCCGCCUCCAAAAACAAAGCCCCUCGUCCACUCCAACUUCGGAAUAGCCUGGCAAGCACCCGGAGUCAACCUUACCCCACGUCAGAUCCUGGCAAGCUGCACGUUGGGUAUCUACACGCCAAAAACAGUAAUAGAAAUGGGCCUCAUUCACUGA